CGCACUCCCGCCCUUGGUGUGGCGGGCCGGCCGGGCACGGAGCUGUGCAGACGCCAUGGCCGGGCGGCGCGGGGCGCUCAUCGUGCUGGAGGGCGUGGACCGCGCGGGCAAGACCACCCAGGGCCGCAGGCUGGUGGCCGCGCUGUGCGCCGCAGGCCACCGGGCGGAGCUGCUGCGCUUUCCGGAAAGAUCAACAGAAAUUGGGAAACUUCUGAGUUCCUACUUAGCAAAGAAAACUGAACUGGAAGAUCACUCCGUGCACCUGCUUUUUUCUGCAAACCGCUGGGAACAAGUGCCAUUAAUUAAGGCGAAGUUGAGCCAGGGUGUGACCCUUGUUGUGGACAGAUACGCCUUUUCUGGUGUUGCUUUUACCAGUGCCAAGGAGAAUUUUUCCUUGGAUUGGUGCAAACAGCCAGACAUAGGCCUUCCCAAACCUGACCUGAUCCUCUUCCUUCAGUUACAACUGGUGGAUGCUGCCACCCGGGGAGAGUUUGGCCAUGAGCGCUAUGAGAAUGGGACUUUCCAGGAGCGGGCCCUGCUGUGUUUCCAACAGCUCAUGAGUGAUAAAACUUUGAACUGGAAGGUGGUUGAUGCUUCCAAAAGCAUUGAGGAUGUCCAUGAGGAAAUCCGUGCACUCUCUGAGGAUGUCAUCCUCUGUGCAGCACAGAGGCCUCUGGGGGAGCUAUGGAAAUAAAUGGAGGCCACCCCACUGCAGAUGCUGUUCCCUGUGGCCCUUCAGGAGACUUGUGGAAGGCUCACAUGCUUGACACUAUUCAGAUUUCACACGAUCAGGAGCUAUCUCCUGGCAGCAGAGACCUACAGACCUCCGCUCGUAACCUGGAACCUUGGUGGUAUGGACACCAUAGCAGGUAUCUGCUACCCACUCCUCCAUCCUAAAUAUGUUAAUGUGUUAUGGUGUUUCCAUAAUGAAAUUUAAUGACAAUUCUGGGCCGUUCCAUUGAGAUCACUGCAAACAGCAAUUAGUUUGGAUUCUUUCGAAUUUCUUACAGGAACUAAUAAAAAUGUACUGAAAAUGUAAUUGUGGAAGGCCUUACUGUAAACAGCUGUGGAUUUAACUGGCUUUCCCUGGGAAUGUGGAGGGGGCCCUGCUCUGUACUCAUGGGAUUCUCAGUGUGGAUUUGACCAGUGUUACCAGGCUGGUCAAGGAUAGACAGGCUCUAUCUAGUGGCAUGAUGGCCAGCAUUCUGAACCUACUUGUGUUAACCUUGCAGGUUUUGCUGAUGACACUGGAGCUUUUCAUUCUAACCCUUUUUCAGUGCUCCAGAAUAAAAUGAUUUGCUGACA